CUACAAUGGACGAAUUUGAAGCAGGAACUAAACGCAUGAAAACUGACGUUGAGGAUGAGAAAGCCUACCACAUGCAGAAGAAGAUGACCUCUGAUGACAUCGAGAAACAGAAAAAGAAGCCAAUGGGUGGCAAGAUCAAGAAAGUAAAGAAAAGAGAUGCUAAAGCAGCUGCUAAAUCUAAAGAAAAGGGAGGAGUCAAGACUAAGAAUUACAAAUAUAAGAACGAGAAGGAAGAUGAUGAAGAAAUGAAGGAGAAAAUGGAUGAGCUUAAGAGAUACUAUAACCAACUCAGAGUGAAGAAGGGAGACCUUAAGCCAAAUAAAGAGCAGAGAGACGAACUUGUUGAUAAUUGUCUUAAAAUUAUUGGUAAAGACCAGAGAAAAUACGCAUUUAAGCAUGAUGGAUGCAGAAUUCUUCAGUGUAUGCUCAAGCGUGGAUCUAUGGAGCAGAAGAAGACUAUAAUUGGAUCCAUGAUUAAUAUAUUUGCUGAGCUUCUCACAUACAAAUAUUCAUAUCAUCUUGCUUACAGGAUGGUCGAGUACUGUAAUGAUGAAGAUCAAAAAGAAGAAUUACUCAAAAUUUUGAUGAAUAAGCUAAACACAUACAUCACUCAUAUCUAUGCAUCAGAAGUAGUUGAGCAAAUGUAUAGUCUAAGCGUUCCAAAGAACAAGAAAAGACUCCUACAUGCUUUUUAUGGUAAUCUCUUCUUGAUCCUGCAAGAGAAUAAGUCUAAAAGUAUUAGAGCCUUAGUAAAGGAAAAGCCAAUUGUUAAAGAAGAAAUCUUGAAGAAAUUAGAGAACUUGGCCCAUAAAUUGAUCGACAAGGGACUCACAAGACACACAAUUGUGCAAGCUAUUCUCUACGACUAUAUCUCCAUUGCAUCUGACGAGCAACAAAAUGAAGUUCUCCAGAUGCUUAUGGAAACAUUCCCAGCUUUGCUUUCAUCAAAGCAAGGAUUAAAAGUAGCCUGUGGGUUGUUUUCAAUUGCUUCUUCAAAGGAAAGAAGAACCAUUGUUAAAACGAUAAAGCCUCUGGUAGAAGAGAUGGCUGUGAAUCCUGUUUCUUCCUUAUUCUUACUCUAUAUAUGCUCUUCUCUAGAUGAUACAGUUUUGGGAAAGAAGUCAAUUGUCAACACUCUUGUUAAAAUCUAUGAGGAUAUCCAUGAGGAUAAAAAUGCAAUGGUCCUCUACUCCUGUCUCCUAUCUGGCAUUACAAAUCCAAUCAGAAACGUGAUAACAAAGACCAAAUUAAGAGCAAUGUUCUUAAACUACACAAAGACCACUUCAAAGAAGGAAGAACCAGUGAGGAGGAAGGAAAUUCUGACUAACCUUGUCGAAGAGAUCAGCACACAGAUGGAAAAUGAUCUUGUUGGCGAACUCUGUAACAACAAGCCUUACAUUCUUACUUCCUUGAUCUAUUACUGAAUUGAGCAGAAUGAUUAUGAGGAAUUCCUAAACUCUCUCUACAGAGCGCUUGAGAAGGAGAUUUCUGUGCCAGGAAAUGACAACAAGAUCCCAUUGGUUUCUCAUUCUUCAGUCCACAGAAUCAUUAAAGAGCUGAUGGUGUAUGAUAUCAAUAUGAAGAAGGAGGACCCUGAAAGAGAACUCAACUUCACCACAGCAAUUGCUAACAUUUUAAAGAAGGAUAUCCCCCUCCAUCUUAGGGAAAGAUCUGUCUUCUUAUUAGCAACAAUCGCUCAGAACGAACAGUCCAAACAUCUUUUGACAGAAGAGGACAUUCCUAAGAAGGCAGUCAAGAAAGCAGCAAAGGAAGUUAGGAACAAAACUGGGUUGAAACUUCUCAAAAGAUUUAUGUUUCCUUAA